AUGUCUGUACUCAAGGCGAAGCUCGCACCUCACCUCCAUCGCAGAGUUCCAUUCAAGAGUGGGAAGUAUGGCUCACGCUGGUCUAACAAAGACCUGGAUCCGGUCCCUCCUGAAGAGCGGACUUGGGGAGGCAUCGACUAUUGGGCAUAUUGGUGUUCGGAUAUGCUGGCUCCUCCGUUGGCGUCUACCGUCAGCAGUGUCAUGGCCCUAGGAUUCACGGCCAGAGAAACUAUACCCAUCGUCUUCUUCGGCUUCGCCAUCUGCAGUGUGGCGAUUACACUUACGGGCAAAAUGGGUGCGACGUAUAAUGUUCCUUUCCCCGUCAUCGUUCGAAGUGUCUUCGGCAUGUAUGGAUCAAUCCCGGCCAUUUGCAUCCGCGCUUUCGUUGCCGCGAUGUGGGCUGCUAUCCUCACAGUCCAAGCUAGCAACUACCUGCAACGCUGCAUUGAGGCCAUCUGGCCGAGCUUCAUCACUUUCCCGAAUCAUUUGCCGGAAAGUGCCGGUAUAGACUCCGCUGGAUUGCUUUGUUUCUUCUUGUACUGGUUCUUACAGACUGGGCUCGCGAUCAUGCCGAUCUCCAAGCUGCGGGUCUUAUUCUGGGUCAAAGCUAUCAUCGUUCCUCCUACAUUCCUUGCCUUGUUCAUUUGGGCGGUUGUUGUUACUAAAGGUGGCGGGCCGCUCAUCAAGGGCAAAGUGGAGCUAACUUCAACUUACAUGAAAACCACAUAUUCAGCACUUUCCGGUCUCAACGCGGUCAUGGGGCUUUUUUCCUCGCUCGCUGUCAAUAUGCCUGAUUUUGGACGGUUCAGUAAGGACAAAAUGGCUGGUAACCAACAAUUUUUGGCACUUCCGGUAAUAGGAACACUUGGAGCCCUCACGCCGAUUUUUGUUACUGAUGCUCACUCAUACCUAUGGGGCGACUUCGAAUGGUAUAUGCCAUCUGUUAUUGCCAAGUUCGAUUCGCGAGCCGCAAAGUUUUUUGUGUCCGCCAGCUUCCUCCUUGCAACCAUUGCCAACCAGAUUGCAGCGGAUACAUACCCAUUUGCGAACGAUUUCUCUGGUAUGCUGCCAGAAUAUCUCGACAUAUUCAGGGCCAAUAUCAUUAUCUCGAUCUUUUGCGUCAUAAGCAUCCCAUGGCAGAUUAUCAAGAAUGCUCCGGGUUUGUUGGCUUUCUUAAGCGGUUACUCCUGUCUCAUGGGACCACUAGCGGGCACGAUGAUAUGCGAUUACUAUUUGGUGAAGAAAAGCAAACUGAAUGUGGAUCAUCUCUACACUGACCGCGGCAUCUACUGGUAUAAUCGAGGCUGGAAUUGGAGGGCACACGUGUCCUUUGUCGUCGGGUUUGCUCCUCUUCUGCCUGGAUUUGCGAAAAGCAUCAACACCACCCUCGAUAUCGGCGGCGCUUGGAAGAUCUAUACCUUCGCUUGGAUCUUUGGCUGUUUUCUUUCACUCGUCACGCACUACGUAAUUUGUACUUGGAUCUCUGUGCCGACUGAUGCGCUAAUCGAAAGCGCUGUGUAUCCACCACAGAAAGGAGAUACUGAUAUGCCGGUUCUUGAAGGCGAGGAUGCUUCAACGAAAGAAUCAUACCUGGCAAGGGAAAAGGACUUAGCGGAACUAGCUUAG